AGGAAAAGACAGAAGAAGGAAUAAACAAGAAAAAAACUAAAUAAACGAAAAAAGGAAAGUGAAACAAAUAAAAUGAAAAAAAGAAUAAACAGGAAAAGAAAAUCAAAGCAGGGGUCAGUUUCAAAUUCCAAGCCCACUGUAAGGUGGAGGAAGUUGUCGUUAGCAGUGAAAGCUAAACUUCCGGAACAAGGUUUGUUUCCUAGAUCUGACUAAACAGCCAUCGGUUUCUGCAAUAUCGGUACCGCAAUCUUGAACGAGUGAAAGUGGCCUCAAAAGAAUAUUUUAAACUGACCACAGCGCUCUUUACAGCAUCAUUCCUGAUAAUGACUACAGAAACAACGAUGAACUUUCAUCAGGCUUUGCCUAAAAUUGAGCUCCAUGCUCAUCUCAACACAUCAAUCAGUAUUACUACCAUGGAGAAGCUAAUACUGCAGAAACCACAUCUCAACAUUCAGCAUAACAUGACAGCAAUCAGAAAAGGCCAAAAGAGGACGAUGGAUGAAUGCUUUGAGAUAUUUAAAGUAAUACAUCAACUAACUGCCAGUGUGGAAGACAUUUUCAUGGUGGCCAAAGAUGUCAUCAAAGAAUUUGCAGCUGAUGGAGUAAAAUACCUUGAACUGCGAAGCACACCACGAGCGGAAAGUACUACAGGAAUGACCAAGAGGUCCUAUGUCCAGGCAAUACUUGAAGCUAUAAAACAAUGUAAACAAGAGUUUGUGGACAUCAAUGUAAAAUUUCUAUUAUCCAUUGAUAGAAGAAGUGGACCAGUUAUUGCAAUGGAAACUGUAAAACUUGCAGAAGAAUUCUUUGCAUCUACUGAUGGACUGGUAGUUGGUGUGGAUCUUAGUGGAGAUCCAGCAGUAGAACAUGCCAAGAGUUAUAUUGCUCCACUUCAAGCGGCUCGAAAUGUAGGACUUAAGCUUGCUGUACACAUGGCUGAGAUUCCCCAUCAAAAUGAAGAAGUGGAAUUAUUUCUUGGUCUUCCUCCAGACAGAAUUGGCCAUGGUACAUUCCUUCACCCUGAAGUUGGAGGUUCACAGUAUCUGGUCGACAUCAUUAUCAAAAAUCAAAUACCUAUUGAGCUUUGUUUGACAUCAAAUCUCAAAGGUCAAACUGUAUCUUCAUAUGACCAACACCAUUUCAAAUACUGGUACAAUCGUGGACAUUCCUGUAUAAUUUGUACUGAUGGCAAAGGUGUUUUUGCUAGUAAUCUCUCACAGGAGUAUCAGAUAGCAGAAACAACAUUCAACCUUUCUAAAGCUCAGAUAUGGGACCUCUCUUAUCAGAGUAUUAACCACAUCUUCGCUCCAGUAAGUGUAAAAUCCGAUUUGAAAAGACGAUGGAAUGAUCUGAAACCAGGAAUAUUCAACCAAUUUGAACUGUAGAUUGUAUGACGUGGAGAGUGCUCUUGGCUUCAUUUUCCUAUAGCACACAAAUACUCCUGAAAUCUAUUUGAUUAUUUUGAAUGACAGGCUAAUGAAGGCAAAUCAACAGUUCUACAAAAAAGUGAUCCUCCAACAUGAGCUGUUGUUCUAAUUGUCUUCCACAUCAUUGACAUUGUUUUGGUUGAUGCAAUAGGUCCCUCAAAAUCAGAAAUAUAUAGAGAAUGUGUUUCGUCUUGUCAUCCACAGUAGUUUUACAAUACAUGACAAUGAAAAGUGAAUUUAUUUUGCGUAAUGUAUUUGCAUUGCUUGUAAUUCAGUGGUUUAGAAAAUGUUCCUCUCACGCAUAAAAAUGCAGCAAUCUGACCUGAUUAUUUUCAAACAAGACGACUACUCUCUCUCUGUGCAUUCUCCAUUGUGGGGGAUGGCUGACAAUGCACUUUACACUUUUCAGUUUGAGGAAUUACAGUUUCCUUUGAGAACACAAGAAUAUUGUUUUAAGAGGAGCUUUAUUGACUCAGGACAUUAUUGAUGGAGCUGCAUUCACCUGAAUCCACAGACCAAACCAAAUUCCUCAAAGAUAAUAUGUUUUUAUACUCUGAAUAAUCCUUUAAAAUAGGUCUUGUUUUAUUGAUCAAGCUGAGAGUCAAGGAGACAAAGUACUUCAGUAGCUGAUAAGCAAAAAGAUAUGAUGACCUCUCUGUAUUUUGCCAUUUCAAACUUGCAAUUAAUAUCUUACUCAAAUGCCCAUUGAUUCAAUUAAACUGUUUUACAUCAAGGCAAAAUAAUCUUUUUGAUUGAACCAGUGAUUUUUGUUUUUACAAUACUGAGUGAAUGUAGUCAAAAUAUUCAUGUUAAGAUUAUGAAACGAUUGCUCUAGCCCUUUUAUCUCUAAACAAAUAAAUGAUUUGUAUAAUCUAUUU